GGAAUCAUACCCUCCACAGGGAAGCGACCUGGAAUUUUACCUUAUUUAUUGGAAAUGAAACGCUGCGGAUUCCAGCACGGUGUGGCGAGCACGAAAGCGUUGUACAAUGUUUAUUUACCAGCUCGUUAACGCAGCUCAGCUCCAGGCGUACUGCAAAGUGGCGUGAAGCUUGCUUUAGUUUUCCGAGGAGGCCAGACAUCCUGGGGACGUGGUUGGAGAGCUGCGCCCGGGGCACGGUCGGCUUCACUGGGCGCUCGGGUUCAUUGCAGCCCAGGGUCAGAAGCACCAGGCCGACUUGUGUUCAUACACGGAAGCUGUCUGCACACAACGUGAGAACCACUGGGAAUGGAAUACAUUGUGCAGUUUCUGAACCAGAUCUCUGCUGGAAUUGAAGCAGUAUUUUGUGUAGCAGAUUUUGUGUUGUUUUGUUUUGUUGUACUGUCAGCUGCUGGAGUGGUUAUAAGUUAUAUUUAUACAAUACUCUUGACCAAUGACAGAUUAACAUCUAACAAAGACACCACAUCUAACAGAAGUCUCAGUGGCAAUGAACAAACAUCAGAAAUAAAGGAACAAAUCACCACUGGCACACGGACUGAAAACAACAAUAAAAUAGUACAAAGUGGAGAUGACAAGGAUUUUUCCAGGAACUCAGUUGUUUUGCUGCAGCACAAUAAUCGAGUCGAGAAACUUGGAACUUUAGUUGAAUAUAAUAGCAAUGAAGAUCUUUCUUUAAUGAAUGCCCGAAAAUCAAUGGAUCUUCUUGAUAUCUACACCAGUUUGAAAGACAGUUCCUGUAAUGAUGCAACCUCUGGUGAUGCAAACAGCGCACUGCAGUCGGUCAGUAAUGAGGAAGAGGAUCUAUACUGCAGCGUGGAUGACAUUAAGGAAAGAUGUCUCAGCAGUUCAGAUUCAGGCAGUGGGAUCAGAAAUGACCUUAUUUUACAUCAUCAAGUUAAACGAAAUAUGACUAAAAUGGAGGUUGAAAAUGCCAUAAAUUUGAAGAAUGAUAAUUAUCAUCAAUUAAGAAAGACUGUGUGUCAGGCACUGGUCAAAGGCAAGCAGCUCCCUUCUUGGAUAAUGACUGAGGAAGCUUCACAGAUUCCCAAAAAAUUGUCCCAGGAAGGCUAUGGAUGGAUAAAUCAGUGGUGUUUGGAACAGAAACUUUGUGGAAAUUCCAUUGAACAACUAGAGAUUUGUUUGGAAACGCUUCAGAAGAAGUGGACAUUAAUAUGUUCCAUACAAAGCGAGACUGGAAGAGCAAAUGAAUGCAAAAACCUGGUUGAGGAUCAAGUGACUGAGCAAAAAAUUUAUGAAGCCAUAAAGUUUCUAAUGCUGUACAAAGCUAUUCACCUUCACAAUACCAUGGAAAACGGAAGAACUGUUCCUGAAUUUUGUAAAUAUUUGUUUGCAAGGAGUACAUCACUUUACCCAUACUAUCUGAUGAUAAACCAUCUAAAUUUGAUUGGCCACACCAGAAGUUUUGAAGAGACUGAGACAGAGCUUCUGAAGUACACUUUGGAAAUUGCAACGUCUGACAGCUUUGUCCUGGAGUAAUUAGAUUGCUGCCAUUCUCAAGUAUCAAAAACUGCCAUUAUGUGUCCACUGAAUAAAAUCAAAUUGGAACAGUUUAUGUACCAAGAAAGGGACAGCUGAUAUUCUGCUCAUUUAAAAAUGAAUGAUAGUGGCUAGUAAACACAAAUUUAUCUGAUCUAACAUAAAAUACUAAAUUGUUUUAAAAAAAUGGGGGCUUGCACCUCUGAAGUGCUAACUAGCUAUAAAAAGGAUCACAUUAAUUCAAGCUAUUCUGCAAGCACACAUUCCAUCAAGGAGUUUGCAGAAAUAACAUUGUUCAAAAUUUGACAAGAACAGCCAAAACCAACUUCCAUAUAUACAGCACCUAUAGCAGAGCAAAAAAAACUGAAACAUUAUCAAAACAAUGAUUUUACAAUAAGGAAAUAUUCUGGUAAAUGAUCAAAAGUUUGGUCAAAGAUAGUGUCUUAAAACUGUGCCUUAAAAGGGCAGACCUGGUAAUGUAGCGGUUAGCGUAACGCUUUACAGUGCCAGCAACCAGAGUUCAAAUCCGGCCACUGUCCGUAAGGAGUUUGUAAGUUCUCCCCGUGUCUGCGUGGGUUUCCUCCAGGUGCUUCUGUUUCCUCCCACAUUCCAAAAAAGAUGUACAGUUUAGGAAGUUGUGGGCAUGCUAUGUUGGCUCCAGAAGUGUGGUGACACCUGCGGGCUACCCCCAGAACACUCGACGCAAAAAGAUGCAUUUCACUGUGUGUUUCGAUGUACAUGUGACUAAUAAAAGGUAUCUUAUCUAAAAAGAGGAAGAAUGAAGAUUAGAGAAGCAAAAAUGUAGUUUAGGGAGUGAAUUCACAGUUUGGACCCCUGGCAGUGAAAGACAUGUUAGCAGCAAUUAAAUUCAGGUAUGAUCGGAAGCUAAAUAUCAGAGCAGAGGUUAUGGGUAUGGAGGAGACUGAAUCUGAAAACAAGAAUAGGGAAUUAGGAAUUUCUUAACAAGAGAUGGUUAAAGUUCGCAAGAACAGGAGUGAUAAUUGAAUGGGGUUUGAUUGAAGUUAGGAUGGUGUCAAUUUUGCAAAAAAAUAAUAGAAGUCAAAUCAAGAGGACAUUGGACUAAUCAAGUUUGGACAUAAAGACACUGAGGUAGUAGAUCAUCUGAAGCAGCAGCGAAGUCUGGCAAAUAUUAGAGAGAGGUGAAAAGCUAUCAGUUAUGUUGUCUGAAGUUCAACCAGGGAUCAAGUAUAACAAUAAGGUUACCAACACCGUAGCUCAAGCAGCUUCCUAUUCUUCAAUUAAUAAUGCUUUAUACUAUCAAGAAAGCAGGCAAACAACACCUUCCUUACAGCAUCUCAUUACAGGUGACAUACAAAAACCUACAUCAUUUUUGUGUCAGUAUCUGUUGCAUCUGGAGAUGCCUCACCAUUUCCAAAGCAAGCUACUAAGAAACUCAGAGCCAGGAGUAUGUUUGGCUGACCAGGGGUGCAUACACUCCUGACAGCAGCACACUGCAUUUACCAAAGUGCAAACAGCUCUUGCACAGAUCAUCUUCAGCCAAAUUACAUUUAAUAAAUAUUGAAAUACUUUGGAAUAUUAAAUAGAAAUUUAAUUAACUACAGUUCCAUCUAUUUUUCUAAACCCCUAUGAACUAGCGGAAUGCUAAUGAUUGUCUUGGCUUGGUCAGAGAACUAAAUUACACAAAUUAACACCGUCACUCUGGCUUCAAAAUACCAAUUUUCUACCUCAAUCCCACUCUAGGUGUCUGGUAAAUAGCUGUGGAAAUGGAGUGGAUUUGAAGGUCUCAAUGAAAGAAUGCAUUCAUGUUUAAGUGCUACCAAAAUGCAUGAGUUGAGACAAAUCAAUUUGACCUCUACUGUGCGAGACUAGAAAAUGACCAUGCAUUUUCAGCUCAUACUUUUACAAACUGUUCCCAGUUUUAAAGAUCAAAAAUUAAAACUAAUAUUUAUGAAACAAUUCUUUGACAUUCUCCAUGUUGAUUGUGAAAAUUUAAGUCUCAGUCUAACAUUACCUACUAUAUUAUUUAGUCUUCAUUAUGUGCAUGGGUCUAAUGGCAUUUCCAUAGUCUAAACAAUAGUGGUUAUGGUAAUUUAUUAGGUUAUCUGCAUUGAGAGUGCUCAGUUUCUUUUUGGUUUUACAGUCAAUUGACUUAAAUAUUACUGUCAUCUCAAUAUAUCUAAGCUCCUACUGAAAUCCUCAUCCAUGCCACAUCACUUCCAGAUUCAGCUAUUUCAACCCUUUUCUAACUGCUCUCAUUCUCUGUAAACAUAAGCUGACACAAAACUACUAGUUCUUGGUUGAGAACUUUAAACUGGGUUGAAGAUAGAAAGCCAUUUUGUACAAUUUAAUUCUUUGGUACCAAGCCAAAAAUCUCUAGCAAUUUGCUUUUAUAUUAGAACAGGCAGUGUUCCUUCCACCCGUCAUCCAUGCUGUUAUGGGCCCACAAAAGCUCCUAUUGUCCUAAAACUUUCACUUCAAAAUUGUCAUCAAGUUUGGAUCCCUUUGUGGCCUUAUUUCGUAAUCUCACAACUCUACAACAUCCCUCAUCUCCCUAAAGCUCUUUGUCCCUAUAACUGAUUAAUCCAAUUUUAAAGCACAAGGACAUUUCUCCUCCAAAAGAUUACAAUUAAUUUUUAAUUACUAAUGAGGUAAUAACACUUAUACAUGUAGCAAAUGUCCAUUGAUUAAUUAGUUGUGGAAAUCACAAUUAAAGCCAGACCUAAUUAAUCUCAAAUCCCCAUAGUCCAGGAGGGGCCACAAUUUAACAAUAAGGUCCAGGAGCUUUGCCCUUUCUUCUACUUAACUAAUAUCUCAAGUGUAUCUACGACCAAAAUGGCAGAAAUCAGGCAGAAUAACACAGACCGGAGGUACAACUCGAUCAUUCUGUUCAAAAUGACAGUCACUCAACCAUUUAAAAUUUAGGAAUGAGGGGUUUUUGCAGUAUUGAAGGUAGAACGUUCCUAAAACAAUGGUAUGUGAAGCUCUAAUUCAACUUGCGCUGUAAAGAAUUUAGCUGUUUCAAGAAAGCAUCCAAUUUGCAACCAAGGCUAAGAAUCUGUCUCAGGUUUAACAAAUCUACCACUGAGAUCAACUUGUCACUGAACACCAAAUCAGAUUAGUUUAUUGUCAUAUAUACCAGGGUGCAAUGAAAUUCCUUGCUCAUGUGAAGUUCACAGAAUAAACAGUAUACAUGGUAAUAAUAAAUACAGCAAUGAGAGCAAAGACUGUAGUGCAGUCUGAAGCAGUGCAAAAAGGAACACCACAACCAGUCAUUAACAGAUGUGUGAGAAGAGGUAGAAUAAUUCAAGACUGUCCAAUAUAGACAUUGUGAUAUUGCUAAAACUAGAUGUUUAAUUAUUGUCAGUUAUCUAGGGUAGCACUAAAGUUUUAAACUUUAAGAAUUACUUCCAUUUACUGGGACAAUUAUGUUGAGUGAUUUUGAUCAGAUGUCACCCCAGACGUGGCUUUUAAUAAGUAUAAAUUUUAAAAUAUUGGAAAUACUAGUAGGUCUGGAAUACAUCUUGAGUAUGUUGUCUUAUUUUGAUGAAUGUUUAUCUUGAGUAAUUUUCAAAUAUUCAUAGAUUUGUAAGCUAAAUACCUGGAUCAAAUCAUUCACGUUAUAGCCACAGCACUUAUUUAAAUGUCACUGUUUACAUUUGUAGUUACGUGAGCCACAAACUUAAGGGUUUUUCUUUUAAAAAAACUUGUUGUUAUAUUAACAAUGGAAACUGUUUAUUGUAACUAUGACAAAUGAAUUUAUAGCAAUGUGAAUAAACCUAAAGAAUAAACUAAUUUCCAAUGUUCUAACAUUAAAACAUAGCAAGUCAUUGAGUGUAAGGUUGGCUCUCACAUUAUAUAGUAUUUUAUUUAAUUGUAACUCUUAUCAAAAUGUCAUUUAGCAAGUUUGAUUUAUCAAUAUUGUAUUAAAACUUUAAAAUAGA